AUGUUCGGCUUGAAGAAUUAUAAUCCCCCUAAUCCAUAUCGUCAUAGGUUGUAUGAGGAAGAGCUUGAUGUUGAGCCCGGUGCAGUUCGAAUAGGCAGGAAGGAUUCAAAGGAUGUUAUUGGAGGAACGAAGCAGGUGUUACGUGUUGGUAUUCGUGAUGUAAUAAAAGCUAGAUAUGGCUGUGAAAAUGUUGAUCCGAGAAUAAUCAAUUCGGAACUAGAAUCAUAUGAUAAAGUGUUUGCUGAUGGGAAGAAAUUGGAAGAGCAGGAGAAGAUUCAAAACCAGGAAUAUUGGAAUGUGUGGGUUGAAUUGUUUAAUGUGCCUCUGGAAUACUGGAAUAGCAAGGGAAUUACUUUGAUUGCUAAUGAAAUUGGGAAACCGAUGGCUAUGGACAAUGUUACUCAAAAAAUGUGCAAUGAGCAUUAG